AUGGCCUGUUUAGCAAGGCUGAAAGAUGACGCAAAGUUUCUUGAAAAGACAUUCCCACGUUCUCAUAUGAGGUUUCAAGUUUUGUCGGCCAACGUUGAUGAAGUUUCCUGCUGUUUCUUACCCCCAAAAGAUAGUGGCGACAGGGCAGACAAUGGGCGGAUCGUAUUAACUGCUAACUUUCUCGAGACGUACCCCCAGUCAGCCCCAAUCUGGUUCACGGAAUCCGAAGAGUCGAGCAUGUCGGAAAUUUUUGAAAAACUUUCUGAGACUUCUAAACAAAACAACACUAUAUGCAAACAGAUUAGGAUAUUAGUAACGGAGUUGUGCAAAAAAUUCAGAACGCCUCCUCCGGAAGAGAUACAACUAAUAGACGAAUACCUCAAGAGCAUAGGUGACUCCAUGGUUGCGGAGGCAGACGAUGAAGAUGCCGACGGCACUGAUGAAUUUCAUUACGAGAUGGAUCACUGUGAGACCCAAUCAAUAGAGGACAUGACUGGCAUAGAGAAAGCCAACCUCGAAAUUCUUGAAAGACUCAAACAAACUCAGAGGCAAGAUCAUGAAAAAGGAUCAGUAUCAGGAUCUGUUCAAGCCACAGAUAGGCUGAUGAAAGAGUUAAAAGAAAUAUAUAAAUCUCAAAGUUUCAAACAAGGCACGUGUUUCUACUCUAUAGAGUUGGUACACGAUAGCCUCUACGAUUGGAACAUCAAAUUAUACAAAGUUGAUGAAGACAGUCUGCUACAUGCUGACAUGCAAACUUAUAAGAAGGAGACUGGCCUAGAUUACAUCUUAUUAAAUUGCACCUUUAAAGACUCCUACCCAUUCGAGCCACCGUUCAUACGGGUGAUACAGCCCGUAAUUAGUGCUGGGUACGUGCUGGCCGGUGGGGCAAUUUGCAUGGAGCUCCUUACUAAGCAUGGUUGGAGCAGUGCUUAUGGCUUGGAGUCACUGGUUCUUCAAAUAGCUGCCACCCUAGUAAAAGGAAAAGCCAGAAUUCAAUUUGGUGCUCCCAAAGUUAGUGGUGGUGUUGUCGAUCAGUUUGAUUUUUCCAGUCAAUCCGAACCAGCCGAACAAUCAAUCGAUUGA